UAAGGCAUCGUUCACGCGUUAUUCUAACGCCUAGAAUCCUUCAAAUAAAUGCGGAUUUAGCGAACCCCAAAAUCGGAUAUAAUUAUAAUCUCAUAUCUCCUUCUUCACCAUUUUCACAUCUCGAUAAUUCGCCGCCGAUCGUAUAAACUCAUCUGUAAUUAGUAGUGUGUUCUGAGAAAUGGGGAAAGACAAAUACAAUGAGAACCAGCAUGAUGAUAAAGGACUUUUCUCUCAUUUUGCUCAUGGCAUGGGGGGAUCAGGAUACCCGCCUGGUGGUCAUUACCCUCCAGGACCUGGUGGAUACCCUCCAGGACCAGGUGGAUACCCUCCGGGACCUGGUGGAUACCCUCAACAAGGUUAUCCACCUGCAGGUUACCCUCCUCAACAAGGCUACCCACCAGCUGGCUACCCACCUCAACAAGGAUACCCACCAGCUGGCUAUCCACCUCAUGGAUAUCCUCAGCAACCUGGUCCAUACCCAUCUGCUCCACAUCAUGGAGGUGGAGGUCACAAUAGACCGGGUAUGGGUACAAUGCUAGCUGGUGGUGCGGCUGCAGCUGCAGCCGCUUAUGGUGUAGCCCAUCUUGCCCAUGGUUCAUCACAUGGUCAUGGUGGAUAUGGACAUGGGGGAUAUGGCCACGGUGGAGGAUAUGGCCAUGGAUUCGGUCAUGGAAAGUUCAAGCACGGGAAGCAUGGAAAGUUCAAGCAUGGAAAGCAUGGGAUGUUUGGUGGAAAAUUCAAGAAGUGGAAGUAAUCAAAUCAUUUUGACUCUUACUAGUAAUGAUUUGGAUUUCCUAGCUAGCUAUAGCUUCUCAGGUAAAACAAACAGCCUCUUUGAUGUAAGAAUUUGUGGUUUUCAGUACUUUAUUAUGCUAUGUCUUGGUUAUGUUUUGGUUAUGUAUGUAAAGUGGUUAGAGGCUUUCACCACCACUUGUGACCUACUCUACUUAUUGCAUAUUAUGAUAUUGUAAUGUUAUGUUGUGUUUA